AUGGUUUGGGGUAAGCUGCGCCCCGGUAGUUGGGAAGAAUAUGAGCGGCAUUAUCACGAAAGGCUGGCGAGCUCCGCUGGCAAUAUCCAGGGUUUGAAAGAAAGACAGUUGCUCCGAGGCACUGAAGAUCCGGACGAGGGUAUCAGCGUCAGCAUAUGGGAAACCCUGGAUGACCUGCGGGCCUACGAGGUCGGUGCGUUCCGGCAGAACGUUGCCCGUGAAAUGGAGCAUCUCUAUCGGGGUGAAUACUGGGUUAAGCACUUUGAAAUCAGCUCCACCGAUACUUAA